AUGACCAGUUUCACCCUGCUGGGACUGUCAGAGCGCCCGGAGCUGCAGGUUUUCCUCUUCGUGUUGAUCCUGGGGACCUGUUUGGGCGCCUUUCAGAAAUGCAAGGACGCCCUAAAACUCCCCGUCCUGGAAGUCUUGCCCGGAGGGGGCUGGGACAACCUGCGGAACGUGGACGCGGGCCGGGUGAUGGGCCUGACCUACGCCGGCUGCAGGACCACGGAGGACGGCCAGUACAUCGUCCCCGACGAGGUCCUCAGCCUCCCGCAGAAGCAGAGCCACCUGGACAUGAACUCCGAGGUCCUGGAGUCCUGGCAGGACUACCGGAGCAGCACCGCCUUUUCUAUCAACGCCGAGCUCUCCGCGUUUUCCAAAGUCAACGGCAAGUUCUCCUCGGAGUUCCAGAGGACGAAGGCCCUUCAGGUGAGGGACCAAGCUGUAACCACGCAGGUGCAGGUACGAACCCUGGUCUACACAGUCAGAAUCAACCCCCUUUCCCACCUCAGCGCGGGGUUUAAGAAGCUGCUCCUGGACAUCUCUGACCGCCUGGAGAACAACCAGACGCGGAUGGCCACCUACCUGGCAGAGCUCCUGGUCCUCAACUACGGCACCCACGUCGUCACCAGUGUGGACGCGGGGGCCGCCCUCGUUCAGGAAGAUCACAUCAGGUCCUCCUUCCUCCAGGACAGCCAGGGCAGCCGCAGCGCCGUGACCGCGUCUGCUGGGGCUGUCUUCUACGGCAGAGUGAACUUCAAAUCUGAGGAGAGCUACGCCUCGCAGAACGCUUUCAUCAAGAGCUACCUCUCAAACCGCACCCACUCCAGGGUGCAAAGCAUCGGAGGGCCUCCUUUCUACCCAGGCAUCACCCUCCAGGCCUGGCAGCAGGGCAUCGCCAACCACCUGGUGGCCAUAGACCGCGCCGGCCUGCCUCUGAAUUUCUUCAUCAACCCCGACAUGCUGCCCGACCUGCCCGGGCCCUUGGUGAAGAAGUUGUCUAGGACGGUGGAAGCGGCUGUGAGACGCUACUACACGUUCAACACCUACCCCGGAUGCACAGACCUCAGUUCGCCCAACUUCAAUUUUCAGGCCAACACUGACGAUGGCUCUUGCGAGGGGAAAAUGACCAACUUCUCCUUCGGUGGGGUCUAUCAGGAAUGCGCCGAGGUGUCAGGGGGCGAGGCUGUCCAAGCCUGCCAGAACCUGGAGCAGAAGAACCCGCUCACCGGAGAGUUCUCCUGCCCCCCGGGCUACUCCCCCGUCCACCUCCUCACCCAGGUCCACGAGGAGGGCUACAGUGGCCUGGAGUGCGUCCGCAAGUGCACCCUCCUCAUCUUCUGCAAGACGGUGUGUGAAGACGUGUUCCGAGUGGCAAAGGCCGAGUUUAAGGCUUUUUGGUGUGUGGCCACUGACAAGGUACCAGAAAGCUCGGGACUGCUUUUUGGGGGCCUCUUCAGCAGUAAGAGCAUUAACCCUCUGACAAAUGCCCAGUCGUGCCCAGCUGGCUACUUCCCACUGAGACUCUUUGAAAGCCUCAAGGUAUGUGCCUCUCAGGACUAUGAGUUGGGGUAUAGGUUUUCUGUCCCCUUUGGUGGGUUCUUCAGCUGUGCAGUUGGGAACCCCUUGGUGGAUUCUGCCAUAUCCAGAGACUUAGGGGCACCUGCUCUGAAAAAGUGUCCCGGGGGCUUCAGCCAACACCUCGCCCUCAUCAGCGAUGGGUGCCAAGUGUCCUACUGUGUCAAGUCUGGGCUCUUUACAGGAGGGUCUCUUCCCCCUGCCAGGCUCCCGCCGUACACCCGGCCACCCCUCAUGAGUCAGGCUGCCACCAACACUGUCAUGGUGACUAAUACUGAGACGUCAAGCUCCUGGAUUAAGGACCCCCAGACCAACCAGUGGAGGUUGGGGGAGCCGGUAGAGCUGCGCAGGGCCAUGAAGGUCAUCCAUGAGAAUGGGAGUGGCCUGUCAGGGGGAGCAGCUGCUGGGGUUACAUUGGGGGUCACCACCGUCCUGGCAAUUGUCAUCGCCCUGGCGAUCUAUCGCAUCCGGAAGUACAAGAAGAGGGGAUACCAGGCAAUCGAGGACGAGAGGCAGAGUUUGGCUCCUGGUACUGCAGGGAUCGGAGACACCCCUGACCAAGAGCAGGAGCAGUGUCCAGCCUAAAUCUCUCCCAGGAAACUGUUUCAUUUCUGGGCAGAGCUUCAGGCCAUCUUUAAUUCUUUUCUCUCCACUUCUGUUCUAAUUCUUUUCUCUCCACCUAACUAUUAAAGUGGCAAAUGCAACCAAAA